GAAAUUUUUUCGAAAACAUCAUUUUGCUCGUGAAAUAAUUUGAAAUGGCCCCACCAAAAAUGCCAAGAGGCUCCAAGCCAUCAAGAGCGAAGUAUCAAAACAAUUCGCCCGUCACUUCAUCAGCUACGCUGUCACGCGGCACUGCUGUAACGGUAACAGCCACACAGGCACCGAUUAUGAAUACAAAUCCAACGCAGGCUGGCCCAAGUGGUGUGAACACAAUAACAACGCCGGUGGCAGUAACAUCGAGUGCUGUUGCAUCGAAUACCGUAGUUGUUUCACAAACAAAUGUGCCACUGAUGUCAACCGGCGCAGGUAAUGGCCACACCAGUCAAAGUCAGGAGACGAUUGGUGCUGGAGCAAAUAGUCGGAUGAGUGUGGAUGGCCUUAGUGACGGCGACAAUUCGGAUGCAUAUGCACCAGCUCAGGAGAGCAAGCAUUCAAAGCAUUUCAAAUCGGCACAAUCUGCGAUGAAUCGCCUUGCUGAUUUUGCAAACUCGGACAGAAUGAAGACGUUAAGCUAUGAAGCACUGCAAGUACUUAACGAGCGGCUCAUAGAGACAUGGAAAGGUGCAAACGCAUCAUUUGAUAAAUUAAUUGAAGGAAUUAAUGAAGGGACAGGAAUCGAAAUCUCAUACGAGUACGUAAUGGGACAGUUGGAAGACACGUAUUUCGAGAUCAGUGAGAAAUUUCGAUCGAGAAUGGCGGAAUUGGAACGUGAGCGUGCGAAUCAAUUUGCUCAAAGUAACCCAGCCAGUGAAGCAGGAGGUUCUGCUGGUGAGCGACCAAUCAAAGUUAUUGUACCAGUACAACAGCAAAAUAUAGUGAAUACAUGGGGAACAUUCGAUGGCAGACCAAAGGAUUGGCCAGCCUUCCGUGACCUCUCACCAUUGCUGUUCAUAACAACAAGGAUGUUGAAGAUGGAUACAAACUGUCUUAUCUGAUGAAAUCGCUUAAAGGAAAGGCAAAGGAAACACUCGGACAAGGUUUUGUGACCGGAGGCAGCUAUCAACAAGCGUGGGAGCGCAUGAUGGUUGUCUACAACAAUGCAUACAACAUUGCGCGCGAUUACACGCGUGAUUUUUAUCGUUUGCCAGUGUUGCAAACACCAGCUAAAGCGUCGGAAUUGAAAUAGAUGUCAGACAUCACUCACGAAACCAUUCGUCAGCUUAACGCCUUGGAAUUACUUGGAUAUUGCGAAGGCCUUUGACUCGGUCAACAUUGAUUUACUAAUACGCAAAUUGGAUAUUAUGGGACUGAAUCAACAAUUACUCAAGUGGAUCAAAUCGUAUUUGUAUGGUCGCCAACAGAUUGUCAAAUUGAAUAAUCACAUGUCGAGCCCCAUUGAAGUUACAUCGGGAACUGGUCAGGGUUACCCGAUUGGUGCUACAUUGUUUCUGUUGUUCAUCAUUGAUUUACUAAAACACAUAAGAAACUCAAUUCUUCAGUCGUUCGCUGAUUACACUCGCCUGUGAAAGCAUAUUAGACACUAUGAUGAUUGUCUGCAAUUGCAAGCGGAUUUGAAUGGACUUGUUGAAUACUUUAACCGGAACAAGCUAAAGCUAAAUGUAUCUAAGACCAAAUAUGUGUCUUUUCAUCGUGGCCACCUGAAAUUUAACUUCGAAUAUUCCAUUAGCAACGAAAAAAUCGAUCGAGUUGACGUGAUAAAGGAUCUUGGGGUAAUACUUGACCAUAAAUUGAAUUUUAAUGCACACAUUGAGUAUAUUACAGCCAAGGCGAAAUCACGUUUAGCAUGGAUUAAACGAUUUGGAUAUGAAUUUGAUGAUCCAUGGACAAUAAAGAAAUUAUUUUUCACAUUUGUAUUGCCGAUUGUGGAAUAUGCUUCCCAAAUUUGGAACCCAUACACCGAUGAAAAAAU